AUGACCGAUAAGAUGAUGUUCCAGCAAAACCAGCAGCAGCAACAGCCAAACCAACAACAUGCGAGGAAAACGGAGAAUAAAAAUAACAGACGUGGUGGAAGUCGCGGACGUGGAAAUUUCAGGGGAAACUCUCGAGGUCGUAAGAUUAAUUACAACAACUACAACAGUUCCAAUUAUAUCAAUAAUAUAGAGGAAACUCAAGAGGCUCAGAAUAAGUCGGAAAACUCUCGCCCUUCAGAUGAAAGUCGGGCACGGGAAGCCACAGCGCGCGCCACUUGGAGGCGAAGUGAAAGAAUCCGUAACAUUGAGCGAAUUCGGGAUGCUGAAGGACAUGCUCAUCGCCGACAGGACCCCGAGGAGCGCCGACGAGAGCUGGUGCAAGAUACUGCUCAUCAUGCCACUCGGAGGACCGAUCCGGAGUACCGAAGUCGCGAACGGAUUCGGGAUAUGGAGGCACGUGCCGAUCGCCGAGAGGACCCCCAGGAGCGCCGACGAGAGCAGGUGCAAGAUACUGCUCAUCAUGCCACUCGGAGGAACGAUCCGAAGUACCGAAGUCGCGAACGGAUUCGGGAUAUGGAGGCACGUGCCGAUCGCCGAGAGGACCCCCAGGAGCGCCGACGAGAGCAGGACUCGGAGGAACAUGCAAGGGAACAGGAGAGAAAUACUGAGGAGCACCGACAACGACGAAGGAAUCCGGAAGAGAGGCAGCGAGAACGGGAAAUGGACGCCAAUAACAGGAGAGCAACCAGGAGAAAUCCCAUCGCAAGAUCGCAGGAGCAACGGAUGAACACAUCUCAAAUUCGACAAAUGGCAGAGGAUCGGCUAAUCAACUUUAGGAUGGACCCCCAAAACCGACUGGAUGCCUCCCAAAGGCAGUCACAAAGGAACAUGGACGCAAGAGCAUCCCUUUCUGAGGAUGAGAUGAAACAGGAACGGGAACUACAGCGUCAUAGGAUUCGAUCAUCGGCGAGGGAUCUUUAUCACAGGAACAUAAAGGAAGGACCAACGGAAAUUUGUGUCUGCUGUGGAGGAACGUGGUUCCGUUCGCAGUUACCGCUGGUAAUCUGCGAGAUGAGUCUUUUGUACAUAGACUUGUGCAACAUGAUGAUGGCUACCACAUCCUUAAAGGCUUACGGUCUGCACCAGCUCAUUGGGAGGCUGAGAAAAAGAAAGUGA